GACGUGCGGUUAGAGAGGUAGACAAAUGGGGAGGGCUGGAAUAAUCUGGUGAUAGGAUGGAGAGAGGGAGUAUAAAAGUUCAGCUUUGAGGGAGGGGUGAAGUCAGGCCAAGAAGAAUUUGGUUCAAUCACACAAGAUAUUUUACUACAGUGUUUGUGUAACCUGUUGCUCCAUCUCAUCAGAUCAUGGCUGACUUUGACAUGGUGCUGAAGUAUUGGGGUCCAGUCGAGGCAGACUACACUGGCAAUGGGGGCCUGGUUUUGACCCGUUUAUUCAGAGAGCACCCAGACACUCAGAAGCUGUUCCCCAAGUUUGCCGGCAUCGCCCAGAGCGACCUGGCUGGUAACGCAGCUGUUUCUGCCCACGGUGCCACAGUGCUGAAGAAACUGGGUGAGCUGCUGAGGGCCAAAGGCAACCACGCUGCCAUCCUCAAACCUCUAGCCAACAGCCAUGCCACCAAGCACAAGAUCCCCAUUAAUAACUUCAAGCUGAUUACAGAGGCUGUUGUUAAGGUCAUGGAAGAGAAGGCAGGACUCGAUGCCGCCGGGCAGCAAGCUCUGAGAAAUGUGAUGGCUGUUGUCAUCGCUGACAUUGACACCGAUUACAAAGAACUGGGCUUCACCGGCUGAAAGUUAAAGUCUUGUCAGGGUCAGAUGACAGACAACAAAAUAUUCUACAUGCAAGAUUUAAAAAAUGAAAUGGUUUGAUCUUCUGUAAACAUACAGUAUAUGAACUAAUUUGCAAUGAAAGGAAAUUACAUUACAGCACCACUAUAAAUUACAGCCUCAAAUAUUACUAUAUAUUUAUAGAUCAUAGGAAACAUAAUUUUUCUUUUAUUGCAGAAUUAUUGUUAGAUUGUGUGUGGUCAAGUAGGUUUAUCUAUUAUUGUGUUCACUCCCGUAACUGCUCAGUAAUAAACAUGUUUUUAUUUCUGUUAAAUGAGAUUGAUCUCAUCCAAGAUUCUUGACUAACAACAAACUGUAAAACCUUUGUCAUAUAUUACCAAUAAAAUUCUGUUGCUGUA